AUGGCGUCUCUAUCAACACGAAAAUUAUGUUCGACAAUUAAUGGAUGCAAACAAACGGCUGCCAUUAAUUGCGAAGGUUGUUUACAAGCUUUUUGUACUAAACAUUUUCUCGAUCAUCGUCAUUUACUCGGCGAAGAAAUGAACGUAAUCAUAAGUGAACAUAAUCAUCUUCAACAUACAUUAAGUCAAUCAACAGAACCUGAUUCACAUCCUUUCGUUAAAAAAAUUAAUGAAUGGGAAAAAGAAUCAGUCGCUAAGAUUCAACAAAAAGCAGAAGAACUACGACUAGACUUAUUCAAACUAAUAUCAAUGCGUAAUAAUGAAAUUUUGAGUACACUACAACAAUUAUCUGAAGAGUUGAAUGAAAAUCGAGAAAAUGAUAAUUUCAUUGAGAUGGACCUUCAACAAUGGAAAAUCACUUUAGAAAAUCUAAAAGCAAAACUUGAUUCAUCAUUAACAUUUUCAUUUGAUCAACAUGAUAAUAUACCACUAGUGCAGGACAUUUCUAUUAUGUUUACAAUAGAAAAUGAAGUAUUUGAACAAGUAUUUGAUAGCAUCGUACAGAUUAAACAAUGUGGACAAGUAGUCAUUCAUGAUACAUCACAUAAUUACACAGAAAUUCGAGGAAAAAAUGAAUAUAUCACUGGUCGCCAUAAAAUUCGUCUAUGUAUUGAACAAUCUGCAGAUAGGUGGACAUUUCUAGGAAUUACAUCAAAAUCAAUACUUUUACAAAAACAAUCAAGCAGUUCGAAAUCAUCUUAUGGAUGGACUAAUAAUAACUAUUUUUGGUUAAAUGGAGAAUGUCAUCCAAAUAAGUCUAGUCCACGUAUUGAGAUGAAAACAAACGAUAUGAUUAGUUUAAUAUUUGAUUGUGAUAAUCAUAAAAUUUUGAUGACUAAUGAACGAACAAAUGUAAAGUAUGAAUUAAUUGUCAAUACUGAUCAUUGUCCAUUUCCUUGGCAAUUUCAUGUCAAUCUAUAUGAAGCAAAUAGUCGUAUACGGAUUUUGUCAUUUUAA